CUCUUUCCAUCGAGCCCUCUUUCUCGCUUCGGAGCUCUGCGCACUUCCUGUCCGACUGUUCGAUACGGAGCAGUGAGUUUCAAAAUGAGCUUCCGGUUUCACCAGUACCAGGUGGUGGGUCGUGCUUUGCCGACCCCUACCAAUGAGUCGCCCAAGAUUUACCGAAUGAAGCUCUGGGCCACUAACGAAGUCCGGGCCAAAUCCAAGUUCUGGUACUUCCUCAGGAAGUUGAAGAAGGUGAAGAAGUCUCACGGUCAGAUGCUCGCCAUCAACGAGAUCUUCGAGAAGAAGCCCACCACCAUCAAGAACUUCGGUAUCUGGGUUAGGUAUCAAAGUCGCACAGGUUAUCACAACAUGUACAAGGAGUACCGUGAUAUUACAUUGAACGGAGCUGUGGAGCAGAUGUACGAUGAGAUGGCUUCUCGACACAGGGUCCGCUUCCCCUGCAUCCAGAUCAUCAAGACUGCCACCGUCCCUGUUGCUCUGUGCAAGCGUGAGAACACCAAGCAAUUCCACGACUCGAAGAUUAAGUUCCCCCUGACUUACCGCAAAAUCCGACCUCCUUCCAGGAAGUUGAAGACCACCUACAAGGCUUCCAGGCCCAACACUUUCGUCUGAGUGAUAGUUUAGUUGAUGCACCAUGACAAUGUGUACCUUUCCAGGUGAGCCAGAUUUUGAUCCAGCAAAGCGGAUGAUAUGUCUAUAUGACCGGUGGUUAAGGGAUGUGUCGAAAUCCUUUAGACAUUGUUUACUCGACAGAUUGAGAAGAGAAUUUGCUGUGAUCAUAGAUUUUGCGAAUAUCACGUCCGUGUAGUCGUCACAAUUUCUCUUACCUUCGAAACUUCUAUGUAUGUAUUUACUGGAUGCUAACGGAAGCGCAGGAAGAUGGUUGUCCUCGGCUCUUUACCGUUUUACUGUGGGGAGAUGACAGCUUACCGGAGAUUCAUGAAUAGUUUGUCGCCACCAUCUACGUUGGUGGCCUAAUGAGUUCAGCGCUGAGAUUAUUCUACCCGAUGUGCUUUUCCUUAAUUGAACGCAAUGGAAAUAGUUUAGUAAAACUUUGUACUAU